AGACUAGUCGAACGGGAUGUCUUACUGUAAAUGUAUGCGACAUCGAUACUUUAACGGGUUUAUCAAUGCCAGAUACAAGUCCUCCAGCAACCACUUUAUCUGGUACGGCACCAAAUGGAUCUUGUACAACGCUCACCGAGAUUGAGAUUACAGCCCAAUCUACAAAUAUUCAAACAGUGAGUUUGAUACCAUCAACACUCUUAAUGUCGAAGACCGCAACACCUAAUGGAGAUAACCAACAUUUAAAUACGGGAACAGAUAACGCAUCACAUACCAAGCAUCCUGCUGUCACGUGCUCCACACCAGUAACAAACGCAAGCAUUUCUGAUUGCGAAUCGUAUCUUGCUUCGGAGGCUGCACAUCCUGGACUUGAACUAACUCCAUGUACAACUACAAAAGGAACAACUUUAAGCACUAAAAAAAUUGUAACAUCAAAUGGAAUGGACACAAUUUCUUUGGGUACCCCUUUAGCACCCGUUACUUUAGCAUCAUUGCAUGGAUCAUUUGCGGACCGACCGCCUAAUGUAGUGCUUUCAUCAAACUACAAGACAAAUGAUCACCAACAGCUAAAUAUUGAUGGGAGAACAACCGCUGGUGCUGUAGAGUCGCAGAAAAAUGUAAAUGUUUCUUUGUCUACAUCUCCAGUGGCCAAUGGAUUCCUUUGUAGUCAUUCAACUGUCAGCUGUACAACGACAUCAGCUGUUGGAAAAAGUCUACUGAAUGUUUCUCCUCAUUCAGGAAAUAAGGUUUUGCCCAUUCCAUCUAAUACGGUAGUUGGGUCCGUUGUAGUGGCGGGCUCGGCCAUAACGAAAUCAUCUCUUAGUACAGGAACUAGUUCAGUAGGGGCGACGGGAUCUUCAUUGGUGUUUCAUGGGGCAUCUCCACUGAUGUCUCACUCGAGUGCUGGGUUACCCAUGCUAAUUCAAGCAACGCCAUACCGUUCACCUUUCCCUAAUUAUUCAACUUUAUAUACACCCUAUAAUAACAUAACUCAUGGACAAUACCUUCCAUCAGCAAUACCAAUGGGAAAUUCGAAUACCUCAUCUUUGUCUCAACGUUCGGAUAAUCGAAACUGUCGGGAGACGCAGCCAAUGACAUCUUUAAAAAUGCCAGUAACGAGUGCAUCUGCACUGAAUCAGCACAGUGCUAAUAACAUUGCAGGAUUGCGAUCUUUAACACCAUUAGGCUAUAUGAUUAGCAAUAAUAAUACAACGCAGGUAUUAGGGACCAUUCCUAUGACAACAACAACGAGCGUACCUUCGUUACAUUCGACACAAUCACAUCUUUUACCAGCUGCAUUUAGUACUUCAACCACUGGACCACCAAUUUCAACAACAGUUGGUACUUCGCAAACGCAACCUUCUGCGCCGAUGCUUCCCCAAUCUGGAUAUCAAUCCCAUGUUCCUCAAGUAGCAAACUCAUAUCCGCAGUUCGUGCAUACAACAUCGACGACCCAACAGUCACUUUUACGUUGUACUACAACUUCAACGACUAGUACAAGUAAUGCAUCAGUCCUUACUGUACAGAGUUUGAUGACAGCGAUGCCCUCGCCUUCAAUAAACACCUCUGUAGCGUCUUCAUCUGUGAUUCAAAAAAUACUUUCUCCUAAAAUCGACAAUAGAGAUCGCGAUACAAGUUACAGGUAUUAAAU